CAACUCUAUCAAUACCAUGCUCAACCUCCGGCUUGCAUCCACCGCCUCGCGGUACCUCCCGCAGGUUGCGACUGCCGCCCUCUCAGUGUCGGCCCAGGCGUCGGCCCAGGCAUCCAAGCUGCUCAUCGACGGCGAGUGGAAGGAGUCUGCGGCGACGGAGCACAUCGAUGUGUUCAACCCGGCGACACAGGAGCUCGUGGCGCGUGUGCCCGAGACGACCAACGACGAGUUCGAGGCUGCGGUGGCGGCAGCCAAGGCGGCGUUCCCUGCGUGGAAGGCUACGUCGGUGGCCAACCGUGUCCGGGUCAUGCUCAAGUACCAGGCGCUCAUCCGUGAGCACCAGACGGAGAUCGCCAAGCUCAUUGUGGACGAGCAGGGUAAGACGCUUGUGGACGCCGAGGGCGACGUGUUCCGCGGCCUCGAGGCGGUCGAGUACUGCUGCACCAUGGUCCCGCACCUGUUUGGCGAGUCGUCGCAGAGCGUGGCCACCAACCUCGAUGUGGUCUCAUGGCAGGAGCCGCUUGGCGUCUGCGCCGGCAUCACGCCGUUCAACUUCCCGGCCAUGAUCCCGCUGUGGAUGUUCCCGAUGGCCAUCACCGCCGGCAACACCUUUAUCCUCAAGCCGUCGGAGAAGGACCCGACUGCGUCGCUGCGCCUGGUCGAGCUUGCCGAGGAGGCCGGCGUGCCCAAGGGCGUGCUCAACGUUGUUCACGGCUCGGUUGACACGGUCAACAACAUCUGCGACCACCCCGACAUUCGCGCCAUCUCGUUCGUCGGCUCGGGUCCGGCCGGCAAGCACAUCUUCACCCGCGGCUCGGCCAACGGCAAGCGUGUCCAGUCGAACCUCGACGCCAAGAACCACGGCGUCAUCAUGCCCGAUGCCAACCGCGAGUCGGUCGUCAACGCGCUCGUCGGUUCCGGCUUUGGCGCCGCCGGCCAGCGCUGCAUGGCCCUCUCCACCAUCGUCACCGUCGGCGAGUCGGCCGAGUGGAUCAACGACGUGGCCGAGAAGGCUGCCAAGCUCACCGUCUCGGGCGGCAUGGAGCCCGAUGCCGACGUCGGCCCGGUCAUCUCCAAGCAGUCCCUUGAGCGCAUCCACUCGAUCAUCGAGUCGGCCGAGAAGGAGGGCGCCACCAUCCUCCUCGACGGCCGCAACGUCGACGUGCCCGCCAAGUACGCCGAGGGCAACUUUGUUGGGCCCACCAUCAUCACCAACGUCACCCCCGACAUGACUUGCUACAAGGAGGAGAUCUUCGGCCCGGUCGUCGUCGUCCUCUCUGUCGACACCCUCGACGAGGCCAUCGACCUUGUCAACGGUAACGAGUUUGGCAACGGCACCGCCAUCUUCACCGCCUCGGGCGCCGCCGCCCGCAAGUACGCCUCCGAGGUCGAGGUCACCCAGGUCGGCAUCGGCAACCCGGGCGUGCCCAUCCCGGUCCCGCCCGCAGCCUUCUCCUUCUCGGGCGGCAAGGCCUCCCACUGGUCCGGCGGCCGCCUCUUCCUCGGCAAGGAGGGCAUUGGCUUCUUCACCCAGACCAAGACCGUCAUGUCGUCGUGGAACUACGACCACGAGGCCGUCGAGGAGCUCCGCACCUCCAUGCCCGUCCACCACAAGCAGUAGAGCGGCAAGCCGUUGUGUAAAACAUCGUCUUUACCCCAAGACA